AUGACUACCGGCAACGAAGGUGAGACCUUUUCCAACUAUCGGGACGUAGCGUAUCGUGUCUAUCGGGAAUUGGUGCUUCAAUUUACGCAAGCGGAAGCGUUGCGUCUGCAAAACGCUGAGACCCAGCGUAAGAUCCGCGAAUCACACAAAAGACAGCAACGAAUAAAGCAACUAGAGCGUGAGUUAAAUGAUAUCCGUGAGCUUGAAAAGGAUGAGGAUCGAUGCCGGGCAACAGAUCGUUCGGGCGCACCGUAUCCUGAUCAAUUUGGCUACGGGCAUCACGAGCCGCACGGGGACAUGUUCCGGGGUCAAACCCCUUCCCCGCCGUGUAUUGACCUCGACCGCAAUGGUGAUGCGAAUCGGACGCACGUCAGUGGCGACACAACUACACACACAUGCCCUGAUAAACGUCAUAACCGCGCAGUAAUCCACAACACACACAAUCUAAAACCGUUCACUAAUACUACCAACGCGACAUUGCACCCUUAGAAGACACGUACAUCGAGGCUCAUCACCGUUUCUGGCUGCGUCCUGCGGGGUUGAAAGAUGCUACAAGUGGCGGUGGGGCCACCUUUGAAAGACAGGAAUUAAUCGAGGAAAGCGAAGUUUUAGAACCAUCGGAGUCAGGUGCUUACUUCGAACCCUGCGUUGCAAUCGAGCUCGAGGAAGUCAUGCCACGACUGAGCUUGAAACCAAGGCCUGAGGAGCUGCAGCUAGGAGAACGAAGCACUG